CCUAAGGGAAAAAGAAAGAGCCUAAACCCUCGGCCCUCGGCGGCACACCGGGAGUUGUAUACCUUCCGCCUCCCAAUUGCUUGGUUGCCAGUUGCCUCGCCAGUCGCCACAAAUGGACGCGACAGAUAUGGACGUAGAAGUAAAUGAACAACAUAACCGCAUCAUUCCCGAUUCCAGCAGCUCAUCGAAGCGAUUUGCAUUAAAAAACUCCAUUCAAACCAACUUCGGUGAUGAUUACGUUUUCCAAAUCGUCCCCAAGGAAGACUGGACAACGAUGGCUGUGUCUCUGUCGUCCAAUACCGUGAAGCUGUACUCACCGGUUACCGGUCAGUUCGUCGGCGAAUGCUGCAGAGGACAGCAUUCUGAUAGUAUUAACCACAUCUUAUUUUCGGGUAAUAUAUUGCACUCUUGCUCGUCCGAUGGCACUCUCAGGGCUUGGGAUACUCGCUCUUACCAACAGGUGUCUUGUCUAAAUGCUGGUCCCUCUCAAGAAAUAUUUAGUUUUUCAUUUGGCGGAUCAGGUGAUCAUCUUCUUGCUGCAGGUUGUAAAUCUCAGAUACUUUUCUGGGAUUGGAGAAACAAGAAGCAGGUUGCCUGCUUGGAGGAGUCUCAUAUGGAUGAUGUGACACAGGUUCAUUUUGUACCGAAUGAGAAAAAUAAGCUUAUAUCUGCCUCUAUUGAUGGACUAAUUUGUACCUAUGACACCAGUGGAGAAAUCAAUGAUGAUGAUCAUCUGCAAUCAGUGAUUAAUGUGGGGACAUCUAUUGGAAAAGUGGGGCUUUUUGGAGGGACAUAUGAGAAGCUAUGGUGUUUGACUCAUAUUGAAACUUUAAGUAUUUGGGAUUUGAAAGAGUCUAGAGUUGAAGCCAACUUUGAGGAUGCUCGCUCCUUGGCCUCUAAUAGCUGGUCUCUAGAUCAUGUUGACUAUUUUGUUGACUGUCACUACUCGGGUGUGGAUGAGCGUUUAUGGGUUAUAGGCGGCACUAAUGGCGGCAGUUUGGGAUACUUUCCUGUAGGGUAUGCAGAAGGUAUGAGAUCAAUUUUGUCACCAGAAGCGGUUCUCCAUGGUGGCCAUGGUGGUGUUGUUAGGAGUGUGCUGCCUUCCCCCACCAUGAGAAGUGUGAUGAACAAUGAAAACCAGAACCAGAACCAAACACAGGGGAUAUUUGGGUGGACAGGUGGCGAAGACGGACGAUUGUGUUGCUGGUUGUCUGACAAUUCGUCUGACGUAAAUCAAUCGUGGAUAUCGACUUCAUUGGUUGAAAAACACCCCAAAAAUCGCAAGAAAAAGAGGCAUCAACCUUAUUAGAGACUGCAAGUGGUGUGUGUAUUUUGAUGUUGUGCAAUACUUCCUGUUUUGC